UUUAUCAUUUUACACGUUGUUUCUACGAAUCAGAAUCAGAUCACGCCUACCGAUUCAGUCCCUUCUUUCGGAUCUCUCCCGAGAUUCCUCGACGCUUUGAUUUCCAAUGUCAGAUGCGGGCAUGGAGACAUACAAUAGUUUGCCAGAUUUUCUCAAGGAAUUCUACAUCCCUUCUUACGUACUCUCCCCGGAAGCUGAGGCUGUGGCGCUGCCGAAUUCACCAGAGUGCCCAGUCCUCAUCUUCAUCAACUCCAAAAGCGGGGGUCAGCUGGGUGGAGAACUCAUCCUCACCUACCGUUCUCUUCUCAAUCCCGACCAGGUGUUUGAUCUUGGCGAAGAGACCCCCGACAAGGUGCUGCGCAGAAUCUAUCUCAACCUCGAGAGGCUAAAGGAUGACGCUUUCGCUCGCAAGAUUCAGGACAAGUUGAAAAUAGUUGUUGCAGGGGGUGAUGGAACUGCUGGGUGGCUCCUUGGAGUUGUUUGUGAUCUUAAAUUAUCCCACCCUCCCCCAAUUGCCACCGUCCCUCUGGGCACCGGAAACAACCUUCCCUUUGCGUUCGGAUGGGGCAAAAAAAAUCCUGGAACAGAUAAAUCGUCUGUGGAGUCAUUUUUGGAUCAAGUUAUCAAGGCAAAAGAAAUGAAAAUAGACAACUGGCAUAUACUUAUGAGAAUGAAGGCUCCUGAACAUGGCUCUUGUGAUCCUGUUGCUCCUCUUGAACUGCCGCAUUCUCUGCAUGCAUUCCAUCGUGUCUUCCCAACUGAUGAGCUUAAUAUGGACGGUUACCACACAUUCCGUGGGGGAUUCUGGAAUUACUUUAGCAUGGGAAUGGAUGCACAGAUAUCUUAUGCAUUUCAUUCUGAACGUAAGUUGCAUCCUGAGAAAUUUAAAAAUCAGCUGGUUAACCAGAGUACAUAUGUAAAGCUUGGUUGCACACAAGGAUGGUUUUGUGCCUCACUUUUUCAUCCUGCUUCAAGGAAUAUUGCUCAGCUUGCAAAGGUUAAGAUUGCUAAUAAAAAUGGUCAAUGGCAAGAUCUCCACAUACCUCACAGCAUCAGGUCCAUCGUAUGUCUCAAUCUGCCCAGCUUUUCUGGAGGAUUAGAUCCGUGGGGUACGCCAAAUACCAAGAAACAACGUGAUAGAGACUUAACUCCCCCAUAUGUUGAUGAUGGCCUCAUUGAGGUUGUUGGGUUCAGAAAUGCUUGGCAUGGGCUUGUUCUGCUCGCUCCGAAUGGGCAUGGAACACGCCUCGCGCAGGCAAACCGCAUUCGCUUUGAGUUUCACAAAGGUGCUACCGACCAUACAUUCAUGAGAAUGGAUGGGGAACCAUGGAAACAACCGCUUCCACUCGAUGAUGACACUGUCAUGGUAGAGAUCUCACAUCACGGCCAGGUGAACAUUCUUGCAGCGCAUGACUGCAGGUCCAAGAGCGUUUACGACCCCUCCACACCUCACCCAGAUGAGUGUGAUGAUAAUGACGACGACUCAGUGGCUGAAGCUGAAGAGUUCAGAAAGUUUGGUGCCACAGAUACGUUCAGGAUUCCGGAUGGGGUUGAUAUCUCUCAUCUUAGUUAGGUAAUUAGCCGGUUUCUGUAACUGAGUUAAGGCAUUCCUGGUUGCAUAUAUACACACUUGUUUGUUUGCCUGAGUCAGCUAGCUAGCUGCAAUUGCUCUUUGCUCUCUUCAUGCUUAAUAAACCAGACAACAUAUUCAAAACAUGUUUGGCUUGGCUGCUCUGUUCUUCAGAUGCAACUGGCUCUGUUUCUCUUGUUCCGCUUUACUUUCUGUUUCAUUCUUCGGUUUAUUGUAUU